AUGGAAGAUGAAACUCAAAUCGAUAAAUUAGAAAAGAAUUGUUCUUAUUACGAUAACCGUUUGAAGAUUUAUUAUGGUGAUGGUGUAAAGAAUAUGAUUCUUUGCGUAUGGACUAAUGGAAAUUCUGAUAUAAAUAAAUUCAUCAAAGAUACAAUGUAUCAUGCAAAAGUUGGUGAAGAGGGAUUUGCCAAAGUGCAUUUUGCAACAUGGAUCGAUGGUCAAUCUGAAUUUAGAAAGCAAGAUGACGGAAGUUGGAAGAAAUCAGAUCCUAAACCUAUGAAGGUUGCUUUGAAAAACGCUUCGGCACCUUUUACUUUAGAUUCUUUGCCAAUAGUCGAUAUAACCAGCAAGGUUCAGAUUGCUAAACAUCAAAGAGUGACAUCAACCGUGUGUGAUCCUAAUAAAGAUACAAUCUUUCUGUUUGGUGUUACGAUUGAUAUUGAUGAAAGUGCUGCAUCCUUAGUUUAUGCAUUUAACAUUAGCGUUCCACAACUGACUAAUACAAAUAUUCGAGGAACUCAACCAAAAAGACGCAAAGCGUCAUCGGUCGUAUGUGAUGGAAAUGCAAGGAUGUUUAUAUUUGGAGGUACCAACAGUGAAGAUCAAUUGACUUGGUCAUUGGGAAGUAGUAAAAAUAUCCCACCUCCCAUGGAAUUGGCUACCGCAAAUUUAUUAUCGAAUGGGAAAAUCGUCUAUCUAGGUGGAUAUAGUAAUGUACAAUUUAAUAACAUGUCAAAGUUUACAACGGGCACUCAACCAAGUGGUAGAGCAUGGCACUCAGCCGUCUUAACGCAAGAUGGUCGCAUUAUUGUCUACGGAGGAGUUCCUGUUUCUCCUGACGAACAAUUAUCAGUUCUAGUUACCACCGAAAAAUCUUUAGAUGGAGUAUUCCCGAGAUUAGAUUUACCCCUAGUGCUGCACCUUAUGCUGGGCAUACAGCUACUCUUGUUGGAAAAUACAUGA